AUGAGGCAAGCCGCGGCUGCUCGCUGGGCUGUGGCGCUGCUGCUCGCCGCCGUCCUCACGGGCAGGGACAUGUGCUGGGAGGUGCGGCCGCUGGCGGAGGAGGUGCGCGCGCUGUCCGGCGCGGUGCCCCUGCAGCUGGAGGGCGUGCCGGCGGGCGCGCAGCGGCUGCUGCUGCUGCGGGCCGGGCUGCGGCUGCACGCGGCGCGCAUCAACGCCAGCCGCGCCACGCUGCCCUGCGCCGUGCUCGCCUACGGCGGCCGCUACACGCUGCGCCUCGACCCCCCGCAGCAGCUGCCGGAUCGUUCGCUCGACGUGCGGUGGCCGCGGCCCGAGCUGGCUCUGGAGCCGUCGCACAUCCAGACGUUCCCCUCGCAGCCCGUGUCGGCCGCCGUGCAGUUCGCACGCACAGCCUGCGCACCCGCCACCGGCUUCGACUUCCCUGACCUCUGGCUGCAGCUGCUCUUCUGCGGACACACCAAGCAGAACUGCCACGUGGCCAACGUAACGCGCACACAGGUGCUGUUCCGGCGGCAGGUGAAGGGCUACCCCGAGCGCGUGCUGCUGACGCUGGCGUGCGACCUGUUCGGCAUCGCGGGCUACUACGCGCUCACACUCACCGAGGCCGCCAAGUCCGGCAUACAGCUCCUCGUUGGCGAUCCUGCUUAUCUUAAGGCGGCGUGGAGCGACCAGUUCGUGUUCAACGUGCACGCGCGGAGCGUCUUCCCGUGCGAGGACGGCGUGUCGGUGCUGUUCCAGUACCCGGAGUGCAUCCUCGCGUCGGCGGACCGCAUCCGCGUGUUCGCGCGGCUGCGCGCGGACGUAGCGUCUGUGGCGCCGCCGUCUACGCUGGUGUACGCGGCCGAGGCGCGCGUGACGCGCGGCCAGCACGCGCUGCGCUUCCCCUGCUCCGUCUUCUCUGAGCGCUACGUGGAGUACUGCUUCGUCUACGUCAGCCAGGCCGUCACCGGCGCCGUCUCCGACCUGCGCGUCGACUGCGUGCCCACCAUGCCCGUGUCUGAGGGCGAGGCCGGCAACUGGGGAGCGUGGAGCGCAUGGUCAGCCUGCUCCGCGACGUGCGCCGGAUCGCGCAACCGCUACCGCAUCUGCGACAACCCGCCGCCCAGAUACGGCGCCAAGUUCUGCCAGGGCCGCGGCUACGAGUCGGAGUCGUGCGGCGCGGAGGACUGCGCGGACGGCGCGCUGGAGCCGGGCCCGGGCUGCCGCUGCGGCGGCUGCCAGCUGCGCGUGCGCGACGGCGCCACCGCCAGACUCGCCGCCUCCUCCACCAGCUGCCCUGGCCGCAGCCUCUGGCUGCUGCAGGCGGACGACGGCUGGGUGCUGAAGCUGACGUUCGAGCACGUGGUGCUGCCGUGCGGCUCGCACUGGCUCAAGGUGCGCGACGGCGACUCGCUGUCGGCGACGCUGCUGGCGCAGCUGAGUGGCCGCCCGCACGUGCCGCUCACCGUCAUCUCGGAGGGGCCCUUCCUGCUCAUCGAGUUCUUCUCCGACGUGCCGCUCGCCGUGCUGGGCUGCAGCGGCAGCUUCGUCGCUCGCGCCACUCCCCUCUCUUCCGGCAACGAGACGGGCGUCGCCGUGGCGGGAGCGGCGGCGUCGCAGGCGGCGGCUGCGGGGUCGGCGGGAGAGGCGGGCGCGGGGGCGGCGGAGGCGGCGCUGGCGGGCCGCGUGGGCGCGCUGGUGGUGGGCGCGCUGACCCUGGCGGCGGGGCUGGCGCUGGGCGCGCAGUACGUGCUGCGCUACCGCCAGUACCGGCUGGCCGUGCAGCGGAAGCCCGCCUCGGCCUGCUCGCUGCUCGGCUCGACGCUGACGCUGCUGUCCGACGUGGUGUCGCUGCGCCGCUCGCACCGCCGCCUGCCCGACUGCGAGCCCGACGACGACCACACCGACAAUGAAUACGAAGUAAUUGAACCACUGCAGCCUGACGUUAAAGACUUUAAAACUGCUUCUGUGAAGAGCUGUGGAAGCAGCGAGAAAGCGGAAAAGAAUUCCAGAUCAUCGGCUGAAGUUGUUGUCGUCAAGCCAACAUCGUCAAGAGCGAGUGGACCUCCAGUCACGAGCGCAGCUUCCUCUAAUGGACUCAGCUCUAACAACAGCGACAAGUUAACCAGCGAACGGAGAAACCAGCGGAAACGUCUCGACACCGACGUGACUGCAGCCCGCAGUGCACCAGCAAGGAUACCUGUGGCCACCGCCGAGGAUUCUCUGUCCCAGUCCGAAGAGAUCGUGAGCUCUCCCAAGGCACGGAAAGACCUGACUAACCGUGAAUGUCAGCUCGCUGGAUCAGAGUUCAGUCUGUCCGGGCCAGACCACGACCUGGAGCUGGACUACUACGACUACAACGUCACAAACGCUGGAGGCAUUCCAGGCUCCCUCCUGGGCAUGGACCCCGCCUACCUACUGUGGAUACCACCUUUCGCUCCAGGAUGUUGGGAGGAAGAAGGUGACAAUUUACUUUCAUACAGCAAUCAGCCAGAGCUUCAAUCACAGCAUGAGCUGCAUGUGUUCCCACUCAAAGGAGAGUACUACACACAAGUACCUCCAUCAGUGUGCAAGGAUCAGCAGGUUAAGGAUGAAGUGACAACAUUUUGUUCAACAGAUGUAGACAAACUCAUGGACAACAAGACUGCAUCUACAGGCAACAUCAGUACUAAAGAUCAAAAAACAGACACAAAUAAUGCCGCUAAUACUAUUAGACUUUCAGACAGUAUGUCAAAGUUAAUAGGCCCCUUGCAUCAUCAGGAGUAUAGCAAAGUUGGAAGUCUUGGUCAUGUCAUGAAUGUCAGAUCCAAAGAGGAUGUAAUGUUGAAGGAAUUUUCUAAGAAAUCUGAGUCACCAGUCAAAGUGCAUCAAAUAUGUAGUGUCAACAGUAAGGAAAGCACACUGAAAAAGCUUUCUUCUGCACAUGCAGAUAUACUAGACAAUAUUCAGUUUGCAGAUGAAGAUGAAGAAGAUGAAAGUAAAUGUGAUUCCCUGAUUAUAUGAUAAGUGUAUUGUUCAUGGAGAUGUUACCAAAGUGUCCUAUUUUAGGUAAAGUGACCCAGUAAGUAGAGUUGCUUGUUUUACAAAUAUUUUUCUUGGAAACAGAUGAACCACAAUAUACAUCUUGUUGUUAUAUUCAUAUCUCAAGGACAAAACCAGUGUCAAUAAAUCAGACAAAUGUAAAUGUUUCAUUGGUAAGCACCAUAUUGCAGUUA